AAAGCUCCCAUCAUUUGCUCCCUCCAUUUCAGAAUAUUUAUAUGCUUUUGUGGAGCUCAGAUCUUCAGGGUUUGUCUCUUUUAUGCUUGUUUUUCUGCAGCAGGAUGGGGCUGUUGCUAAAGAUUCUUGUUCCAUUUGUGGGAUUGGUCUUGGCCUUCUGUUUUUAUUCAAAGGAAAAUUUUAAACCAGAGAUGCUGAAAGGGAAGCGAGUGAUCAUCACUGGAGCAAGCACUGGAAUUGGAGAGCAAAUGGCUUAUCACCUGGCCCGGAUGGGAGCCCAUGUUCUGAUCACAGCACGGACGGAAGCCAAGCUUCAGAAAGUUGUCACACGGUGCCUAGAGCUGGGCGCAGCAUCUGCUCACUAUAUGAAUGGCAGCAUGGAAGACAUGGCACUUGCAGAAGACGUGGUGAAGGAAGCCAAACAAUUGUGGGGAGGCCUAGACAUGCUGAUCCUCAAUCACAUCGGUUACACCUACUUUAACUACUUCGAUGGAGAUGUUGAGCAUAUACGAAAACUCCUGGAGAUUAACUUUCUCAGCUAUGUGGCCAUGACAGUCUCUGCACUGCCGAUGCUGAAGGAGAGUGGGGGCAGCAUCCUUGUGGUUUCAUCCACAGCAGGUAAAAUUGGAAUUCCAUUUGUUGCUCCCUACUCUGCAACUAAGUUUGCCCUGGAUGGAUUUUUCAGCUCCUUGAGACAGGAAUUAAUAAUCGAGAAUAUCAAUGUUUCCAUCACGCUCUGCAUCUUGGGCUACAUUGCUACUGAAACUGCUGAGAAAACCGUUUCCCAUGUGAUGCAGAAGCCAGGUGCACCAAAGGAAGAGUGUGCACUGGAGAUUAUCAAGAGUGGAGCAUUGCGAAAACGGGAACUCUACUAUCCAUACACCACUGUGAGAAUCGCCCUCUUAAUACGAGGCUGGGCUCCAGAAUUUUUGGACUCACUCACAAGAAAUAGUUUAAAUGUGGAAAAUGUCAAAAAAAGUUAGGCCCUGCUGCAUGUGACAAGCUAACUAGAAAACAAACCAAGUGGCAUGAACUUCAGGUAAAUGGGGACAUUUUAUUUUCAGUCUAAAUAUUUUGGUAAAAGCAUCUAAGGGACUUAGGAGCAACAAAUCCGAUUGGCUUUCAAUGAGAUUUGUACAUCAAAGUCACUCAGGUGCUUUUGAAAAUCCCAUCCUUUGUUUUUAUAUUUUCUCUCUGGAGACAAGAAGAGGGAGCAACAUGAGGCCUCCGCAAAGCAGUAAAUUCUCCACUGUCUAUAGAACAGCAUUAGCAAUGGCUGGGUUCAUGUUUGCUGGGACGGGGUGUGGGUGUCACCCACUUUGAACCAGGACAGCAAGUCUCAGACCUCCCAAUGCUGCAAACAGCCCACACUGGUUUCGGUAGUAUACCUCCCAUUUGCUCUACUGCACUAAGUUGCUUAGUAAGAAAUCUGCUUUUUAAUUGUCCUUGCAAAACCUAAGAGGAUCUCAUUCUCCUCUCACUGUGCUCUAACUGAGUCAGCAUCAGGUCCCCCAGCAUCCCUUCAUGCUAAACACUAAUUGUUAUUGUUAGUAAUAUUUAUCUGCAUUGCAAUAAUGCUUAGCCCAAGCAGGGGUUGGGGCUAGGGCCUAUUUUUGCAUUGGACACACACAUCAUAAAAAGACUUCCUGUCCCAACGAGCUUACAAUCUUGCUAAUGUGAAUUACAGACUGUAUGUGUAUAGAGGCCAAUUCUGCAUUCCAUGAACACCCAGAAUUCCCAUCAAGCCAGACUUCAAGUUCCCACCCACUUCAACAGGACUCGGGGCAGAACCUUUACAGUUUAGGGAUCACAUCGUCCAGCUCUGAAGUGCAGGUGCCUCUGUGGUUGAAAACAGCUGCAUUUCAGAGGCAGGGGAAAUGUCCUAAACUCUGUGAAAUUGGAGGUGGAAAAUGUAUAGCAGCACCAGGAAUGUACAGCCUAAAGAGACUGCAACCUCAUUUUGAAGUUCUAAUUGAAAUAUACAUCAGGAAAGUGUAAUGAGAGCUAUAAAACUAUUCUCGGCACUGACUGCUGGGCAAAGCACAGUGAAUUUAUGCUUGUUAAAAAUUAAGUGCAGUAGGAUAGAAACUCAUCAGGAGUCCCAUAAAUCAUCAAAAUUAAUAAUGUAUAAUGCAUAAUGGAGUAACAGAGGAUGUGAAUAAACGAGACUUUGUGAAAUGUG